AGCACUAAUACAAUAGUCUUUAAACCAAACACUUGUGAAAGUCCCAAAAGAAAGCUUUGAAAAUUCUCAUACACAAACCUUUUCUUUAUUCCUUCUACAGUGUUAAAGUCUCUAUCAACACAAUUCAUAACUUGUUACCUUAUCAUAGGUGUGUACUGUGACAUGGGUUGUUUCACUAGAAUUCAUCUUGCUUCUUGUUGCUGAUAGGGAGUUGAAGUUUUUAUAGCUCGGAACAAUCAAAUGGAUGCAAUCCAAACCGAGAAAAUCUAUGUUGCUGUUGGGAAUGAUGUGCAGGAUGGAUAUAAGACUUUGAAUUGGGCUCUCAAGAAGUGGAAUUCUCAUCCAAUUUCCAUUGUUAUUCUCCAUCUCACACACAAUAGUACCAAGGAUUAUGUCCAUACACCAUUUGGGAAACUUCCAGCAAGAUCUGUGAGUGAGGAGAAACUACAAAUUCUCAGGAAAGAUGAGCAGGAUAAAAUCAACAAGCUGCUUUCCAAGUAUAUUGCUUUCUGUGGAAAGGUGCCAGCAGAGAUUCUUGAAGUUGAGAAAUUUGAUGAACCUAUGCAAAAGCGCGUCAUAGACUUGAUCUUUGGUCUAGGAAUAACCAAAUUGGUCAUGGGAUUUUCAUUCAUGAAGCCCUCCAUGAAAUCUAAAGGUGCUAUUAAUGGAUUGUUCCAUGUUCAUGAGCAAAAGCCUUCUUUCUGUGAAUUGUUCGUUAUUUGUGGAGGGAAACAAGUUUUCUUAAGAGGGAAGAAUGAUGAGAAAAUCAUGGAGGAUGAUCAGGGGGUCAUGGUUGCAAGAAUGAGAGAUAAGAUAACUUUCAAAGAUUGGUUAGACAAGUGGUUCAAAGACAAAACCAACGAUUCACAAGAUAGAAUUGCAUCACUUUCCUCAAGCAAUUUGGAGUCCCCUGUAAACCGAAACCAGUGGGAAUUUUACCUCCAGGAAAUUGAAAAUUACUAUCAAGAAUUGUUGUCUUCGAAGCCGGAGGAAGGAAGCUGCGUGCAAGAAAAUGACGACUCACAGAUUGGACCAAUUGAGCCACAUGUCACUGAACAGAACAAUUAUAAUAUGAGUACUGAGGAAAAAAUUGAGAUCCUGAAAAAUAAGCUUAAUGAAGGUCAGAAGAACAUCCAAUUGAAGAGGAAAGAAGCCAAGGAUAACAUAGAGAGGCAUACUAAAGCUGAAUGGGCAAUUUGUUUAUGCAACAGUCGGGCCGAAGAACUAGAAAGUCGAAUACGUGAAGAGGUGAGUGCAAGAGAGGAGCUAAAGAAGGAAUCAGACGCAGAGAAGGAGCAAACAGAGGAGAUGAGAACGGAGGUGGAAGAGAGGAAGAGGAGGCUGAGCUCGCUCACGGAAGUCCAAUCGGAGCUCUCAAACAGGCUCCAAAUAUGGACGUUAGCGAAGAUUCGGGCGGAGACGCAGCUGGAGAAGGCGGUGGGGGAGAGGAGGGAGAUGGGGAGGGAGAUAGAGGAGCUGAGGCGGCAGAGGGAUGUGCUCAACAGAAGGAUCGAGUUCUGCAAGCAGAAGGACGCCAUCGGAAUGGCAGCGAGGCUCGCCGAGACAACGUUCUUUGCGUUCAGGGAGUACACCGAGGAGGAGCUCCGGUUGGCGACGGAUAACUUCUCCGAGCGCCUCAGGUUGAAGUCCGGCGGGGAUUGGACCAAUGUGUAUAGGGGACGCUUUAACCAUUCCACUGUUGCUAUCAAGAUGCUGCCUUCUUUGUCACCCCAACAUUUCCAAUCCAAGGUGAGGCUUCUUGGUGAUAUUAGGCAACCUCAUCUGGUUGCCAUGGUUGGCUUUUGCUCCGAGCCCAAAUGCAUAGUUUUGGAAUACAUGCGCAAUGGAAGCUUACGAGACAUGCUGUUUUCUAGGAGAAGAAACCGAACCUUACGAUGGCAUGACCGAAUACGAAUAGCCACAGAAGUUUGUUCGGGCCUGGGCUUUCUCAAUGCAGCUGAGCCAAGGCCCGCUAUUCAUUGUCAUUUGACCCCAUCGAAAAUCCUCCUAGACCGCCAUUUGAUUGCAAAGAUCACGGGCUUUGGGCUCCAUGAAUGCCAUGAUGAACAUUGUAAUAUUGAGUCAGAUUUGCGGGCCAUAGGGGCUUUGUUAAUGCACCUUCUAACUGGAAGAAAUUGGGCUGGGCUCGUUGAGGAGGUGAUGACGGUAGCUAUAGAUAGAGAGGCUUUGGGUGGCGUUCUUGAUGAGAUGGCUGGACAAUGGCCAUUGGAUCUAGCAAGGGAACUUGCGGGCCUGGCUAUGAGGUGCAUGUCCAUCAAAAGCGAGCCCAACUUGGAAUUGAGCAUUGCAAGGGUUUUAGAGGAACUCAAUGAGAUAAGAAGAAAGGGGGAUGAAAUUGUUGGAAGGGAAAGGCGAAAGACAAACAUUAAUGGUGGAUGUAUAAAUAGAGAGGGAUCCAGUGAUGUGCCUAGUGUUUUCCUUUGUCCCAUACUUCAGGAGGUAAUGAAAAACCCACACGUGGCAGCAGAUGGAUUUUCUUAUGAGCUAGAAGCAAUAGAACACUGGCUGCAAUCGGGACGUGACACAUCACCAGUGACAAAUUUGAGGCUGAAGCACACUUUCCUCACCCCUAAUCAUACCCUUCGUUCCCUAAUUGAGGACUGGCAGACCAACAAAUCAACCUGAGUUAGCUUCGGAUUGAAAUACUAACAACACGCUCUUUAAUACACUUGUUACUUAAACAAUAACCAGUUGAGUUAAUGAUUCAUGGGCAGGUUCAAGUCUAAAAUCUUUCUAACUUACCAUUCUUUGUUUUGAUAA